AUGGUAAAUGUGAUAAUGGACUGUGGAGUUGUUCCAACUUUGGUAAGGCAUCAACAACUCAUAGUUGAUGCUGGAGCUCUACCACAUCUUGUGGAUUUGUUAAUGACACUAAAGAAUGGUGGUAACUCCCAACCUCAUGAAAAUAGCUGCAUUAAAACCCGUGUCAAGAUUGAAGGUGGUAUCCCUCCUCUUGUUCAAUUGCUCGAGUAUGCGGGUAGAAGGGUACAACGAGCAGCUGCAGGGGUCCUACAAACCCUUGCAUUAAAAAAUGAUCACUACAAGAAAACUGUGGAUGGAAACAAAACUCAGGUUGCAGAAUGCAAUGCUCUACCAACCCUUGUACUAAUGCUUUGGUCUAAGGAUGCCACUAUAUAUUAUAAAUCGAGAUUCAAAGGGAUGCAGCUCUGCUACUUGGUCAAUUUGCUGGAGCUAAUUCUGAAAGCAAGAUUGCUUGUGCAAGAGGUUCUUGAGAAGGUGCUAUCCGAGCCAAUUUGGCCGCAUUUCGCUAUCGCAAAUGUUGGCAGUGGAUUCAGCCUGAUCAAGGCCUUUCGACUUACAAUGAAAAUAUUGGGGUCUUGUAUGCCUUUUAUUAGUUCUGCAGCAAAUGGAAUAAUUGGAAGGGAUUUUCUAACCAAUGGAUAUAGAGAGGUGAAGUGGAUAGAUAUUGGUGGUUAUUACCACGAUGAAGAUGGCUAUAUACCCGCAAAAGAUUUAAAUAAUGGUAUUGUUUUGAAUGUUUGGGUUCUACCGGAUUAA